AUGGCGAGAGACCCGAGUCUGCUCGUCGACGCUGACAGACCCCGCGCCAUCGCCCCGGCCGCACCAGCCAUCGCACAUGUCCAACUCCGCGAUCUGCUGAUAUGCCCCCGCGAAAGCGGUGUCGUCAACUACGUCGUCGAUCAUGGCAUCGCAGAGCAGGAUGUAUACGCUCCUGGCGUCAGUGGCAUGGGCAGGCGGGUGCGGCCCCCGCGCAUCCUCGCGAAACUAGGGUUCACACCCAACUCACUCACAGCCCUUCGGCUAGGCGCGGACGACACGCUCGUAGCGGCGGGCGGCCAGGACAGAGAGCUGCAUUUAUCAUAUUACACACCAUCCUCCUCCUCCUCCUCCUCUCCAUCCACGUCCACAUCCACUUCAAACCCAAAUGCCCUCUCAAAUUCAAGCUCAAGCUCAUCCACAAACGCAUACACACUCGCCUCCCAAACCCGGCUCUCAACAGGCCACCCAACGCGCCUCCCGCGCACACGUCGUCUCUGGACAUACGAAACCCGGCUCGUCGGGUCCAUCAACAACUCCGUCCUCCUCCUGCCCCCGGGGGCGAGGGGUAUGGGCGCUGCGGAGCCCCGCGCGGUGAUUAGCAAUAAUGAUUGGUGUGUGAGGGUGUAUGAUAUCCCGAUGAGGGUUAAGAGUGCGAGGAGGGAGUUGGGGUUGGUUGGGGAGGUCAAGUUGGAUGUGGCUGUUAAUCAUUCCUCGUUAUCACCAGACGGCCGCACCCUCCUCUCCGUCGGCGACUCGCACAAGAUAUACUUCCACCAGCUAUCAGGCAGCGCGCAUCUCACAUUCACACCCAUCCAGACACUCGACAUCCCUCCGCCGUCCGCGACACCGUUUUCGUCGUCCCGCUCGUCGCCUUAUUCGCGGGCGCCGUACUCCUCUUCUCCAUUCUCCUCCUCCUUCCAAUCACCGUACUCCUCCUCCUUUUCAUCACCGUACUCCUUUUCCUCUCCAUACUCCUCCUAUUCAUCGCCGUAUUCCUCGUACUCCUCCUACCCAUACACACCAACCCAAACCCACCCAACAACACUCACAGCAGCAUUCUCAACAGCCUUCAACGCAGACGGCAGCAAGUUCGCGGUCGCGAGUCAGGAGGGCGUCGUAGCUGUGUGGGAUGUGAGGAGUGUGAAGAGGCCUUUGGGGGUUUGGUGUACGGAUCGGAUGCGCGGGUCUUCUUCUGGGUCGGGGAGUGGUGCGGGUGGUGGGUUAGGGUCAAGCUCAGGCUCAGGUUCAGGCUUAGGGUCAGGCUCGGGUGGCAAUGUAGGAGGAGGACAAGGACAAGGACAAGGAGGCGCAGCAUCAGGAUACAUCCACCCACACACGACCCCCCACCUCUUCGACGACCCCUGGGACUGGACACGCGGCACGCGCGCCCCCGGGUGGUGCGUGCGCAAUGUCAAAUUCAACGCGGGCGAGGGCGCGCGGAUGGGGAAGGAGGUCAUGGUGUUUACUGAGAGAGGGUUGGGUUUGACCUUCGACUCGCACGAUAUAGUCACCGUUCCGACCGUGUUUAGUCCGCCUCGCAAGGCGGGUGCGGGUGGGAGGGUGAGGCCUCAGAGUCAGAGUCAGACUACGAAUCCGCGGGUGCGUGUGAGAGGAGGUGUGGGUGCCGCGAAUGGAGGAGCGAAUGGAGGAAGUGUUGGCGGUGUAGGAGCGGGAGCGGGAGCGGGAGCAGGAGCAGGAGCAGGAGCAGCACCGAGCGGCCGACCGAGACUCGGAACAGGAACAGGAACAGGAACAAGAACGAGACCAAGACCGAGGCUUACAAGGACCACGAGCGGCGUGAGCGCCUCCGCUGCAUCUGCAGGUGUUGGUGCCGCCGCGCCUGCUUCUGCUAUACCUUCUGCUGUAGCUUCUGCUUCGACUACAGCUUCGGCUUCGACUACAGCAUCUGCAACACUAGCUAGACAGUCCCCGCCGACAAGCUCAAGCACGACCGCGUCGAUCGCAGGGGAGAUCGCGAGCGCUGUUGACGUGGACGUGAACAUGGGUAUGGCGCGGGGUUUAGCGCUGGUUGGCGGUGUUGGCGGUGCUGCUUCGGGUCUUGAGGGUUCGAGUGGAAACGCAGAUGUCGACCUGGAUGCAGACGCAGACGAGGAUGAAGACGCGGGCAUGGACAUAGACGUCGCGCUAGCAGCUGCACAGCGCGCUCUGGCGCGGCGCCGGCGGCGUGUGCGCGGGCCUGUUCGCGUGGGUGUACCCGUGCGAGAUACCGAAAAUACGGAGAGCAUGGAUGUGGACAGAGAGGGAGACGGAGGAGGAGAGAGAGAAGGAGGUGGAGGUGGAGACAGAGACAGAGAAGGGGAACGCGCGCGUGCUCAUGCGCGUGCGAUGGCGCUUGCGUUGCCUGUAAGCCACGCGCGUGCGGAGGGCGAAGCAGAAGCGGAAUCUCCUGGCGCUGGUACUAGUACUAGUGCAGGGCUCUCGCCGUUGAGACGGUCCGUGACGGAUCCUUCUCCUUCUUCUGGUUCUGGUUCUGGCUCUACUUCAGGACAGCAACAGCAACAGCAACAGCAGCAACAGCAGCAACAGCAGCAACAGCAACCAAGCAUCGUCCGAGCGCUAGGCGACGCGUUCCGGAUCGCGAUUCCCUCUUCGUCUUUGUCUCCAUCUUCGGGUUCUGCUUCGGGUUCGGUUCCGGGUUCUGCGUCACAUGCUGCGAGUGGGAGUACGAGUACGAGUGGGGGUGCGAGGACGCGUACUCGUGCACACGCGCACGCGCAUACACGCGGAUCGCACUCGAGUUCAAAUGCGCGCUCGCCUGCGCGCCGGACGACGAAUACAAGCACACCGAGGUCACCACCCACACAUAAUCAUACAUCAAGGUCUUUACCCACACCUACACCGCCUACCCAUACGCAUACGCCUACACCGCCUACCCAUACGCACACGCAUACGCACACACCCACACCCACACCACCGCCAAUGACGCGCACACCCGCACACAGCGGAUACUCGCCGCCCGCUAGCAUUGGGGAUUCGACGUGGCGCACGCUUGGGGGAGGGAUUGGCGUGCGUGGGCCGUGGGGUGUUUCGCAUGUUGGUACGAGUGCGAGUGCGAGUGUGGGAGGGGAUGAGAGGAUGGAUGUUGUUCAGCAUGGGGAUGGGAGUGGGAGUGGAGAGGAUGAGGAGGGAAGUGAGAGUGAGAGCGAGAGCGAGAUGUUCCAUGUGCUUGACGAGACGGAGCUCGCGAGGCGCGCGCGCGAGAGAGCGAGGAUGCGGGUUGUUGGUGAUGAUGAUGACGAUGAUUAUGAGUACGAGUACGAAGAGGAAGAGGAGGAUGGGGAUUUGGAGUAUACUGAAGGCGAAGGGGAGGGAGAGACGGAUGCGGACGGCGAGACUGAGACCGAGACGGAGACGGAGCAGGAGGAGGGCAUCGUGGUUGUGCCGGACUUGGGGGAUCGGGAGGUGGAGAGCGAGGUGCAUGCGCUGCUUGCUGUGCAUGGUAUACCCAGCCGCAUUGGCGGUAGGAGGAGGAGGAGCAGGGAGGAUAGUAUGGAUGUGGAUGAGGUUGGUGGGUUGCAUCAGGGAGAGGAGGAGGAGGAAGAGCAAGGAAUGUACCGCUAUGAUGAAGAUGAUAGACGCGAGCGCGUGAGGCAGGCGCUGCAUGACGCGCGGGAUUAUCGGUAUGACGUCAAUGACGAGGAUGUCAACGACGAUGAUCGGGAUGAAGAGCAGGAGCAGGACUGUGUGGAGGGUCAGUCGAGGAGUGUGUCCCCUUCGCGCUCCGUGCUUGGACGCCGGCGCAGGCGUAUCAGACAGGGUGCGAGUGCUACUUCAAGUGGAUAUAUUUCAGGGGGGAGUGGUGUAGGGAUGAGACGGGCUGGGUUUAACCUCGCGUCCAUGUCCACAUCGGCGAGGUAUGGGAGUGCUGGGCCGUCGCGGUUAGGUGGCGGUGCGGGUGUGGGUAUGGAAGAGGAUGAAGAUGAGGAGGGGGAGGAGGGGUGGGGGUCUGGUGUGCAUUAUGGCGGUCUAGCCUCUGGAAACACGAGCGACGCGGACAAACGCGUCCGCCCGCGCCGCGCCGGCUCGGGCUCACAUCGCGGUACAGGUACACACACUCCCACAUCUACAUCUGCAUCUGCAUCUACACACGCACACGCACAUACGCGCGCGAGUAAAACCACGUUGUCGUCAUCUUCGUCGUCCCCAUCGGCGGCGGGAGCGAGGUUCGCAGGGCGCGUGGGGAUAUACGACGAGUUGGAUAUUGCCGGUGUGUGCUUUGACCCGUGGGGAGAGAAGAUGUAUGUGCUUGGAGUGGGCGCGGCGGGGUCUGCUUAUGGGUAUGGGUACGGUUACGGUUACGGUUACGGUGGUGCUUAUGGGGUUGGGUACGCGGUUGGGGGUGCGGGUGCGGGUGUGGGUGCGGGUGGGUAUGGAGGAGCAGGCGGAGGAGGAGGAGGAGAGGAAGAGGAAGGUGUAGGUGCUGUUGUCGAAUGGAGUGUGAGAGGUGCUGAGAAGAGGUGGUGGGUUGAUGAAGGGUGGAUGUGA